AUGGCUGCUACGCUCGACGUUGCUCCUGGCCUCCGCGGUCUUCCUCGCGGCCUGCCCUACCACCAGCCCGUGGAUCGCAAGGCUUUCCCCGACGGUCUGCGCACCAGCGGCCAGCACCCGCCCGUCGAGAGCCAGAUUCGUCCAUUCGAAGCCUUUCCCACUGAAAUCACCGGUCCCACCGUCUGGGAGGGACGCGACAUUGCCACGCGCCAGGGCGAGUGGGCGCACCGCUGGACCGAGGGCGAGCUUAAUGAGCUUCUCCAGGCCGUCGAUGCCUUUACCAUCUCUGGCAUUCCCCUCAUCAAUAUCAACAAGCAAAACUUUUCCAUCCCCAACGUCACGCGAACACUGCAGGCUGCCCGCCACGACAUCCUCAACGGCCGCGGCUUCGUCCUUUUCCGCGGCCUGCCCGUCGAAACAUGGGGCCGUCAAAAGGCCGCCAUCGCCAUGAUGGGCAUCUCGGCGCACCUCGGCUAUCUGCUGUCCCAGAACAAGCUGGGCCAGGUCCUCGGCCACGUCACCAACCUCGAUGCCGACUAUAAAAACUCUCUGGACAAGGUCAAAAUUGCCGCGACCAACGCUGCGCAACUUCACCACACCGACGAAGCCGACAUUGUCGGUCUACUUUUCUGCGCGCCUGGCGAGUCGGGCGGCGCUUCAGGCUGCGCAUCGGCCCAUACCGUUUGGAACGCCCUGGUCAGGGAGCGCCCGGACGUUGCCAAGCUGCUCGCCUCGCCCGUUUGGUACUUUGACCGCAAGGGUGAGAUCACAGCCGGCCAGGAGCCGUGGAUCAAGGUUCCCGUCUUCUACCUGGAGCCCGGUGGCCAAGAGCGCGUCUAUGUCAAAUGGGAUCCCUACUUUGUCAAGUCCCUCACGCGCUACAGCGACAAAGGACUCAUUCCCGCGCUCUCCCCACAGCAGCUCGAAGCCAUGGACAUCCUCGAGCAGACUUGCGCGCGGUACGGCUUUGAGUACGCCUGCGAGGUCGGCGACAUGCAGUUCGUCUCAUGCUGCCAGACCUUCCACUCGCGCACGGCCUUUGUCGAUGCUCUGCCUCCUAAGCCCCCGCGCCACCUGCUGCGCACCUGGGUCGGUACACCCGAGCACGAGGGCGGCUGGUGCCUGCCUUUCCACGACAGCUUCCACCCCAAGCGCGGAGGAAUCCAGGUCGACAGCACCCCGCCUACGGCAAACCCGCUCGUCGCCUCGGGCGGCACCGACUGA